UUCCUUAAUCAAAGACUGAGACAUAAGUGUGUUUCAGAACCACAAUUUCAAGAGCAGACACAGAGUCUCAGGAAAUGUCCAACAUAAAUGGCAGUGCAAUCACAGAAUUUAUUUUACUGGGGCUCACAGAUCGGCCAGAACUCCAGCCUCUGCUCUUCGUGUUGUUUCUGGUUGUGUACCUCAUCACCGUCUUAGGCAACCUGGGCAUGAUAAUGCUAAUCAGACUGGACUCUCGCCUUCACACGCCCAUGUACUUCUUCCUCACUAACUUAGCCUUUGUGGAUUUGUGCUAUACAUCAAAUGCAACCCCGCAGAUGUUGACUAAUAUCAUAUCUAAGAAGACCAUUUCCUUUGCUGGCUGCGUUACACAGUGCUACAUUUUCAUUUCCCUUCUCGUCACUGAGCUUUUCAUAUUGGCAGCAAUGGCCUAUGACCGCUACGUGGCCAUAUGUGACCCUCUGCGCUACAGUGUGAAAAUGUCCAGGCGAGUCUGCAUCUGCUUGGCCACAUUUCCCUAUGUCUAUGGCUUCUCAGAUGGACUGUUCCAGGCUAUCCUGACCUUCCGCCUGAGCUUCUGUAAUUCCAAUGUCAUCAACCACUUCUACUGUGCUGACCCACCACUCAUUAAGCUUUCUUGCUCUGAUACUUACAUCAAAGAACUUGCCAUGUUCAUAUUCGCUGGCUUGAACCUCUCCAGCUCCCUCACCAUCAUCCUGGUGUCCUAUGCCUUCAUUAUGGCCACCAUCCUCCGGAUCAAAUCAGCAGAAGGAAGGCACAAGGCAUUCUCCACCUGUGGUUCCCAUAUGAUGGCUGUCACCCUGUUUUAUGGGACUCUCUUUUGCAUGUAUGUAAGACCACCAACAGAUGAGACUGUUGAGGAAUCUAAAAUAAUAGCUGUGUUCUACACGUUUGUCAGUCCGGUACUUAAUCCAUUGAUCUACAGUCUGCGGAAUAAAGAUGUGAAGCAGGCCUUGAAGAAUGCUCUGAGAUGAAGUAGGGUCAUGACCAUGGCAGUGCCUUUGUUUCCUAAUAAAUCUUAACUCAAAAUCUUUGGCUCAAAUGUCCCUGCAUUCUGAUAGUGAGUUUUAAUAUUCUCUGCAAGUGUAUCUUGAGUGUCUCAGCUAGAAAGCUCAUGCUGGGGAAAAAUCAGAUUUUUCUAGGCUUUGCCCCUCCAAACGUUCCAUGAAUCAGCAGCAUGAGCUCUACCUUGGAGGUUGUUGCACAUACAGAAUCAUGUUCCGCACCUCAGGUGCACUGUAUUUAAAUAUGUGUUUUAUCCAACCCCCUAGGUGAUUUAUAAGCACAUUCAAUUUUGAGAAGCACUGCUGUGAAUGAAACAUGGCAUGCCCGGGAACACUGUUGUGCUCUUUUUGUUUACAACGGUAAAGAAAAUUAGUGUGCUCUCAGCUCAAUUUCUUGAAUUUAUUCUCUUAUUCCCACCUGCUGUUUCAGCAGCAUGUCUUUAGAAACCCAUUCUUCUGUAUUCCAAGAAAUCUAUUCUUUUGUACUCCUCUCCUGACUUGCUGAAUUAGAUCAGAAACUAGGGGUCUUAGUGGUGGUUUCUAGUUUUUAUAAAUGCGCUUAUGUAGUGAAGAGUGGCAAUGGGAAAAGAGAAGAACAGAAUAAUUGUACACUCUUAAAUUUGAGUUUAUGGAUUUAUCUCUCUGAAUUACACAAACCCACCUCCUCAUUCGCAGCCUCCAGUCUAGGGAUAUUACUUUCUGUCUCACCUGAUUUUGAAAAAUUCAAGCAGGUCGAUCUGAGAAUAAGGACUAAAAUUAGAAUGGGAAAUAAAACAACCAAUAGGUCAUACAAUAGAGUAUGCACCUUGCUUUGAAUAUUCCUUCUAUUCCUAAUUAUGUUUAGGUAAGUAAUGUCAAUUUUUCUUUUCCUUAGCACCAGCCUGUUUAUAUGUGCCAUGAAAGUAAGGAUUUCUUCUAGGAGAAGAGAAGAAAUUGCUCUGGCAUCUUCAUAUACCCUGAGAAA